AUGUGGAAGAAGCUUCUAAAGCUAAGACCCUUGACGAGGGAGCUGACCAAAAUGGAAGUAAACAAUGGUUCGAUGUCGUCCUUCUGGUUUGACAGGUGGUCUCAGUUGGGAGUCUUGAUUGACCUAACGGGGGAAAGAGGCUAUCUGCCUCUCGGUAUCUCGAUAGAUUCAACAGUUGAGAACGCUGUAAACACUUACCGAAGGCGUCGACACAGAAACCCUGUUUUGAUGCAAAUUGAGAGUGAGAUUCUGCAUCUUCAAGAGCAAGGUCUUCCCCAAUGUGAGGAUGUUUGUCUAUGGAUGCACGAAAAUGGUGAGUUUAGACCAGGGUUUGUGACUUCUCAAACUUGGAACCUUACCAGACUGCAUGCUCCUCGUGUUCCUUGGUUCAAAGGGAUUUGGUUUAAAGAGGCCACUCCUAAGUACUCCUUCCUCAGUUGGAUUGCAGUCCAUAACAGGUUAUCGACUGGGGAUAGGUUGCUCAGGUGGAAUCCUCAAGCAAUUUCUACUUGUUGGCUGUGUAGUGCUGGCCUAGAAACUCGAGAUCAUUUAUUUUUUGAGUGCUCCUUCUCGGCGGAGGUUUGGAGAGGUACGAUAAGGGGUUUGGAUGGUGGGGGCUGCUCUGUUCACUGGCCUACUGUGAUACAAAGACUGGUGGUAGGAUCGCAAGACUAUCUAGCUACCUUUCUCUUGCGCUAUUGCUUCCAAGCAACAGUAUAUGCAAUAUGGUUUGAUAGGAACAAGCGCAGAGUUGGAGAGACUCCACAACCUGUCGCUCGACUUCUCAUCUUUUUGUACAAGUUGAUUCGCAAUAGAAUCUCUUCGCUGAGGAAGAAAGCAGGAAACAAGUAUGAGAAGGCCAUGGAGUUAUGGUUUGGGAGUAGAUAA